AUGUCCAUCCACAUGCAAGGACGCUGUGUAUGCAACAAGCUGCAAUAUUCGCUAGACCUAGACUCGCCAGAGGACGCUAGGGCAACACUGUGCCAUUGCUACAGCUGCCGCCGCGCAUUCGGCACAAAUUACGGCCUGACUGCUAAAGUUCCUAUCCAGGCUUUCCGAUAUGAAAGCGGAACACCAAAGAAGUACAAACAGGAGAAUGGUGUGACGAGGGAGUUCUGCGACAAUUGUGGCGCCUAUGUCUGCGAGUAUGGGGAAGCUGCUGCAGACAAGUUCCGCUACAUUAUGUGGGGCUCGUUGGACGACCCUUCUUUGGUCAAGCCGAAGGGCGAGUUCUUUUGCAAGAGCCGGCCAGAUUGGAUGCCCGAGAUCCCAGGCCUAUUUCACAAGAAAGAAAUCAAAGAGUGA